GCCGCUGCACCGCGACACAGCAUUGAAGAGAAGUGAAAAUCCAGUGCUACAUCAUGAAGCAACUGACAGUGUGCCUAAUCGUGCUAACCGUGGCUUUCGCCAUUAUUUCCGAAACGAGAGGACAACAGGGAUUUCCCGCUUACCAGGGUUUGUCCCCCUCGAAUCCAGCUCGCUCGAAUGAUCUUUAUGAUCUUGAAUAUCCCCUUGAAUAUUUCUUGAAUUUCCCGGCCCGAUUUCUUCAUAUAUUUAAUGAUAAAAUGAUACGGCCGUUUGCUAGACUUGCAACUCCACCAGGAGUACCCGCAAUUUCACCAGGAGCAUUACCGUCAGCACUUUCAACUAUACCGGCCGCACCUGCAACUAUACCAGCCGCACCUGCAACUAUACCGGCAGCACCUGCAACUGGUAUACCUGCACAAUCUGCAUCUUCACAAGGAUAAUCCGCAACUACGACAUAAACAACUGGUGGAGAUGGAAGAAGGCGCGAAAUUAUAGAAGUUUCCUUGUCAGUCAUGGCGUAACCGUAGUGAAGAAAAAAAAAAGCAAAACGUUUAUAUCUCCUCAAAAACGAAUAAUAAUGUUAAAACGAUUAGAUUUGCUCUAACACAUAAUAAGACAUAUCGGAUAUGUAGAAAUUAUUUUUGGAGUUUUUGUGUAUGCGUUGGCUUAUUAUUAAAAAUAAACUGCAUAAAGGUUUUCAAGCAUCAAUA